GAAUCUAUAAUUCAUAUUCCUUUUCAACAUGCUGACACAACCGACUGACGUUUAUGAAUGGGCAAAGAUAAGAACCCUACCAGGAUUUAUAGGAAGGCCUAGUUAUUAUUGAUAACACUCGCUACCAGUCUAUGCGAAGACAACAUGUUCGCGUUUCGUUUUUUCGUUGUAGUUUUUCUGUCAAUAGUUGGGAUACAAGCGACACCUUCCGAUAACAGGGACGACCUCCAGGACAAGGAGCUGACGGAGAUUAAGGAGAUGGUGAAGUUACAGUCAGAACUGAUCCAAUCACAGGCGGAGAUGUUGAACAAGUACGACCAACGUAUAGAUUUACUGCAAAAAGAAAACCAUGGCCUUGUUCAACAGCUAGAGGCGUUACAGAUUGCCAAAGAAAUCAUGGAAACAAGAUUAAAACACUUAGAGCAUGUCAAUAUUCCCGUUCGCCCUGAUACGGAUAUACCAACCUCUAUGACCCAUUCCAUACAGACGGUAGAAGACCCCGACCACAGUCAACUUUAUCCACCAAGUAUUGAAGGUGAAAAACAGUCGCGGACACGAAGAGUUGCUGAUAUGGGUGAGUUAAAAGUAGAGAUUUAAAUCAAUAUAUUCGCGGAUACGGAGCGUUGCUGGUGUGGGUCGGUCAACAGGGGAUAUUUAAGUCAUUAUGUAGGCGGAU